AUGUCGCAGGAUCAGCUCGCACGACUCCGCACGGAGUUCGACAUUCUCAAGUGCGUAUCAACCCACCAAUCCGUAGCGGCCCUUGUCGACCAAUACGAGGACUCCACGUGCGUGCAUUUCGUCCUGGAGCUCUGCACUGGAGGGACGCUGUACGAUAUCCUCACGACGGCCUCUAUCGCGGAUGAUGCCUCCGCUGUAGAUCACUCUGAGAGCAGCACCAGUCCUGCCGCUGCCACAACCAGCACACGCAGCAGCAGCGGAAGCACCGCCAGCCACAGCAGUAGCAACGCAAGUGGGAGCGCAUCGUCGAAGCGGAUGAGCGAGGCGCAGGCGAAGCAGGUGAUGCGGCAGCUCGCAGAGGCGGUGGCGCGGCUGCACGCGGAGGGCGUGGUGCACCGCGACCUGAAGCUCGAGAACAUCGCUUUCAUGGAUGCGCGGGACGCCAGGGAGGGCGCGUCGCACCCUGACGGCAGCACACACCAUGGCUCGACCAGCAGCCGCAGCACAAGCACAAGCCGCCAUUUCCCCAGCAUAGGCAGCGCCAGCAGCUUGGUCUCUGAUUUGAGUGGCAGUGAGGCCGACAGCGACUGCACGGGUUCCCUGGCGUCCUCCUCUGCGCCCUGCUCCCCCGCCUUCUCCGCGCCCUGCCCUCCCCUCAAGCUCCUAGACUUUGGUCUGUCCACGUGGCACAAGUCAGCAGACGGGCAGCGGCUGACGGAAAUUGCGGGGACGGCGUAUUAUGUGGCGCCAGAGGUGCUGAGGAAGCAGUACGGCAGCGAGUGUGACGUGUGGAGCAUGGGGGUCAUUCUUUACAUGAUGCUCACAGGAUCGCCACCCUUCUGGGAUGUUUCGGAAGAGGCAAUCUGCUCUGCCGUGUUGGCAGGCCACUAUGACAUGGUCAGUGUGCCAUGGUUGUCCAUCUCACCUGCUGCCAAGGACCUCGUCAGGCGCAUGCUGCAGACUGACCCAGCCAAGCGAAUCACGGCACUUGAAAUUCUAGAGCAUGAGUGGAUCUCCUUCUAG